GUUUACAUUUUCCAGUUAGUCAGAACUGACUUUGACGGAAUAUAAGCAUGUCUAUAAAACACUAAAUUCCUAAAGGUAACUCACGGAUGCAAAGAAGAAUGGAUUAUACAGUCGAGGACCACAACUACAGUGUCAGACUUGAAAUCUCUCCCAAUGAAAAUACUCCUGCUUAUUUUGAAACAUUUGACAAUGUGAUCACUGGCUUCAUGAAAGAGCAGAGUAUUCCAGGAGCUUCUCUGGCCAUUAGUCUGCAUGGAAAGCCGGUGUAUGUGCAAGGCUAUGGUACAGCAGGACCAGGAAAACUGGUUUUAUCUAACUCCAAGUUCCGAUUGGCCAGUAUCAGUAAACCAAUCACAGCCAUCGUUACAAUGAAGCAGUGUGAAAGGGGUUUUCUCUCACUUAACGACACAGUUUUUGGGACAAAAGGUGUGACUAGUUAUAAGCCGUCCAGUAAGGGUGACCGUCGACUGACCAGGAUCACUGUAGAACAUCUGCUUCAGCACUCAUCUGGCUGGGAUAGAGAUAGGGUGGGCGAUCCAGUGUUUUGGAAACUAGACAAGGUUUGUCCUGGACAGGAGCCCACAGCCAAGGAAACACUGCUAAGUUACAUGAUGUCACGCAAGCUCCAGUUCUCUCCAGGUAAACGGCAUGCCUAUUCUAAUCUUGGCUACCUGGUGCUGGGGAUGGCUCUAGAGAAGAGACUGGGGCUGAAGUAUGAGGACCUGGUGCAUGAAUGUCUGGGGGAGAUCACCAGGGACAUGUAUGUUGGCACAGCCAAGAAGUCUGUUGAGGACCCUGAAGAGGUUGAGUAUUACAGUAACCGUGAACCUAGUUUGGCUCCAUCUGUGAUACCCGGGGAGGGGCUGGUGACCCCUCAGUAUGGCUCCUUCCUGAUGGAGGACACUGGGUCGUAUGGAGGCUGGGUGGCCUCGGCAGGACACCUCCUUGUUCUGUUUGACAGACUUACUGUCAAUGACCCAAGUAUGCAUAUUUUGAGACCAGAAACAUUCAAAAGAAUGCUGCAGCGACCUAAUUAUGAAAGUGGAGAGGAGUGGUAUGGCCUUGGACUGGAUGUUCAGCACGGAGGUCACAGCUGGGGUCACACAGGGGCUAUGGAAGGCACAUCAACAACCUUUUUGCACCAUAGGUCAGGGUUGAGCUGGGUCCUCUUACUCAACUCUUGGUCACGUGACAUGGAUUUAAAUGGCCUUGUCAAAUUUGCAUUGAGUCAUGUUCCACAUCUGCCAAUGUGGAAUCCUGUGAUGCCGUCCCUGUCUGAACUAAGGGCAGAUAACUUUUAUAAAGUUGUGUCCGAGGAUAGGGUACAGAUUGUAUGUGUACUUCUACAGUAUAAGGAUUUGAGUACCCACAUUGGAGAGCUUACUAAUCAGGGGUAUUGGAUAACAGCCCUAAACAUGUUUGUUCACGAUAGUCAAUUAUACUUCAAUAUUGUUUGGAGAGUAAACAAAGACAACACCUUCUGGAAAGUAAAUCACUAUACGGAUGAGGAUCUUCAACUUUAUCAGGAUUUUCCAGAGGAAUGUGAAACUGAUUUAUUUGUUGAUAUUUUAGAUACAUGUUAUUAUAAUGAAAGAAUUCAUUACUUUUUUGUUUGUAAGAUGAAAGACAUCUUUAUGAAAAGGAUUUUGUCAUUUCAUGUAACUGGGAAAAAUCAUUUGGAACAUUUGUCUAAUUUAAAAAAACUAAAUUAUGAUUUGAAAAUACAAUCAGUCUGUGUAAAGCAUGGUGACAUUUUAGUUUCGUCUGUUUUCUAUCACAACGGAGGUAGUCCCAGUACAACCAUAUCCUGGCUACAAGUCACCCCCGACAACUUUGUAUAUGAGUUAGGUAAAAAGUUAUCACUGGGCUUGUAUGGUCUGGUGUAUGUCAAGUUUUACACAGAUGGAGAUCUCCCGAGUGUAAGUAUGGUCUUGACUUCAGAAAAGCCUUCUUUGUGUCUGCAGCGACAUGAUGUGUCCAGGUUUGGUUUUUUGUAUGAACUUCACCAGAGUGCUGAUGUCCCCAUACAGUUCCUGUGUGGGUAUAAAUCGGAGGGCAUUCUAAACUUUGCUUCAGUAUGGGAAGUGCUCAAAAAAGGUCGACCAGUGAUUGGUUAGCCAAUACAUGGAGGGACUGAAAGUGUACAUGUAAGUGUGUGAUUAGUCAGUCAUAUUGGGAACUAUAAGGAACGAAAACAGACAGUGAAGUAUCUGAACUGAGUUUAAAGAUUAAAAUGUAAUAAA